AUGGGAAAGAAAAACAAAGUUGAGCACUCGGACAUUGAAGGAUCUGCCCAUGACAGUUCAAAAGCAGAUAAGAACAAAGACGUCGCCAGGACGAUGGGACAGAAAGAGAAACAUUAUGAUUACCCCGAGUCAGACAGCGAUGAGUCGGACUCUGACAGGUCAACAGAAGAGACGAAUAAAUACGGUUACACUGUGGGUGAUCCAGACAAACUUUUUUACAAAGCAGAUUCUCUAGGCCAGAUUUGCGGGGUUGAUGUUGAGGAUAGUCCAUGUCUUUUUUACUUUGACUUCAAAGCAUGCUCAGAAGAGACAGAGAACAAUGAGUUGACCAUAGAAUGUGAUACACCGCAAGUAUGUAUUGAGGAAUGCCCGACAGAGAACUGGAAUGGUUACGAAGAAGAAUCCAGGUACUUAACGAAUCCUACCAACGUCAGAUGGGAUAAAUUCAUAUGCAAAUAUCAUAUAGAUCCCGCUACGUCCGGAAAGUCUCCAGCUGAGUUGUUUGAGGAUGAAGACUGCGCCGCAUACUAUUUAGCAAGCUCACUUAGUGAUGGAAGAUGUGUUCCAGAUUUUAUUCUAAGUGGUGAACCACUUCCUGCCGAGGUUGUCAACUCCACAUUACCAAACAACCAAACUUUAACGGAAGAGGAUUUAGACGCGAUUGAUUCUGUGAUAGCUAUUGGUGGUCAAGUCAUUGAUGAUGUCAUUGCAUCUCUGUGGUUUCUUGCAAUAGGUCUGUUAUUUGCUGCUAUAGUCUCAUUUCUAUUCAUAGUAUUAAUGAGAUGGCUGGCUAGGAUUAUGGUAUUUGUCAUCAUAUUUGUUGUGAUGGGUCUACUUGCUGUUGUGACUGUGUAUUGUUUUUACAAUUACAAUGAGUUGGUAGAAGCAGAAGAAAAUGGACAGAUCACUGACUAUGAUAAUUGGGAAACAAUGUCUAAUAUUUGGCUGGGAGUUGGUAUUGCAUUGGGUAUUAUUUUUCUGAUAUUGUUUCUGCUUCUAUUAUUCCUGAGAAAAAGGAUAAAACUAGCAAUUGCCCUGAUAGCUGAAGCCAGCAGUUUCCUGGCAACCAUUAGUACACCGACUUACACCGUCCAGAAUGCGUCACCAGAUUUUCAUAUGGCAAAUGGAACAUCUUGUGAGCCAGAUAGUUUUUACAAUAUGAGCGGCCUGUCAGAUACUGCACGGUGUGUCUGGACAGGGGACUAUUAUUGGGAAUCUUAUAUAUGGGUUCUUCAGUUCUACAAUCUCUUUGCAUUGGUCUGGUUACUGAAUCUUGUGAUGGCAUUUGGGGAAAUGUCACUGGCGGGAGCCUUUGCUUCAUAUUAUUGGGCGUUUACCAAGCCUGACGAUAUCAAGUCUCUCCCUGUGAUACGAUCAAUGUGGCGCUCUAUCAGGUAUCAUCUAGGUUCUCUAGCAUUUGGUUCUCUGGUGUUGACGUUUUUACGAUUCAUCAGAUGGUUUCUACAACUGCUGGAGAAAAAAUUCAUGGAAGACUUAGAACGUAAUGAUGGUACACCUGAGAAGCCCUAUUACAUGUCAAAAAGUCUCAUGUCUAUCUGCGGAGUAAAGAAUAAAAAGCCAAAAAAAGAGAAAAAGAAGAAGAAAAAAUAA